GAGAGAGAGAAGAAAGAGAAGAGAAAUAAUUUUUGUCAUUUGUUUGAUUAAUAAUAUUCAUUCGUUCUCUUCUCCUUCCUCCUAAAAGCUUGCUUUUUUCUCUUCUUCUUUAACCAAAGUCUGAAACCUUGUGUUCUUUGAUAGGCUUCUUCUUCUUCCUCAAGAACACCAACAGCCUCAACAAUGACGCCCAAAGAAAGAGAUCAGAAAGAUAACAAAGAGAAGAAGAUGUUUGUGGGGGUGAUAUGGAACUGUGCAGCUGAAAUGAAGCUUUUAUUAGGCAUGCUUUUGGUUCUUUGUAGCAUUGCCACUCUUCUCCAAUUCAUCCCUUCUCGUUUCACCAUUUCUUCCUCCGAUUUGCGCCUCUGCAUCUCGAAAAUCAACACCAACGCCAAUCCAAACGCCACCUCUCAUCUUCAACAACAGCCCCUAUUGGCCGCUCCUUCUCCCUCUCCUCCUCUUCCUCCUCCUCCUCCUCCUCCCCCUUCACCUCCCCCGCCGUCUCCGUCUCCCCCUCCUCCUCCCGCCCUUGAGCUCGACCAAAUCAUCGACAACUCCACCAUCAAGAGAGCCUUCAACACCUAUGGCGCUGCAGCUUAUAAUUUCAUCACUAUGGGAAGCUACCGUGGAGGGCUCAACACAUUCGCCAUUGUUGGCCUUUCUUCAAAGCCGAAUCAUGUUUUUGGAAAGCCCUCUUAUGAAUGUGAGUGGGUUCCUUUAAACAACUCACAGCCGAGCAUCAAGGCCUCCGGUUAUAGAAUUCUCCCUGACUGGGGCUAUGGCAGAGUUUACACAGUUGUUGUUGUGAAUUGUACCUUUAAACAACCCAUUAAUGGUGACAACAGUGGAGGAAGUUUGGUGGUUCAUGCCUCAAGAGCUUUUGGUGCUGAUACAAAACACAGUGUGGUGGAUCAAAUUCAGGCAAUUCAAGAGCCACCAGGGAGUGUUGAUUUUAGUAUCUACACAACUUAUGCUCCAAAGUAUGAUUUUUUCUAUUGUGGGUCGCCUUUGUAUGGGAAUUUGAGUCCACAGAGAACGAGAGAGUGGAUAGCUUAUCACGUGAGGCUCUUUGGGGAGAAAUCCCACUUUGUGAUUUAUGAUGCAGGUGGGGUUCAUCCUGAGGUUUUGGAGGUGUUGAAGCCAUGGAUGGAGUUGGGGUAUGUGACAUUGCAGGACGUAAAGGAGCAAGAGAGAUUUGAUGGGUAUUAUCACAAUCAAUUCUUGGUGGUGAAUGACUGUUUACAUAGAUAUAAAUUCAUGGCUAAAUGGAUGUUCUUCUUUGAUGUUGAUGAGUACAUUUAUGUGCCCUCAAAAAGUUCCAUCAAGGCCGUGCUUGAUUCCCUCACUGGUUAUGACCAGCUCACCAUUGAACAAAAUCAUAUGAGCAGUCAGUUAUGUAUGCAAGCUGAUGCUGGAAGAACAGAGAGGAAAUGGGGGUUUGAGAAGCUUGUAUUCAGGGAUGUGAAGAGAGGAAUAAGGAGGGAUCGGAAAUACGCCAUACAGCCUCGAAAUGUAUACGCCACCGGAGUUCACAUGUCGCAGAACCUCCAUGGAAGGACAAACCACAAGACCGAUGGCAAGCUCAAAUACUACCAUUACCAUGGCACAAUUGCAAACAGGAAAGAACCCUGCACAACUCUUGUCAAUGGGACAAAAUACAACUUUGAAAACACACCUUACGUUUUGGAUACCACAUUGAGAACCGCAGCCUGGGCUGUGAAGAAAUUUGAGCUCAAAAUGAUUGGCCUUAGGCUACAAAAUACUCAUCAAUGAUUUUGUAUUUAACAACUUCCCCCUUCUUUUUUUUCUUGUUCAGAUAAAUUAAAAUUCAUUGGGAGUGUAUCUUCUUUUGUAUAAUAGUUUUUUUUCUUUUAAAAAACAGAAGGUAUAGAGAUACAUAUUAAGAGAGACACAUUAGAGUUUACAUCAUUCUUUUGACUUAUAUUCGUUCAUUUUCGGAAACUACUACAAUACUAGUUCGGUAAUGUUAUUAGAUCAGUACAUUACAUAACCUUAGUUUAUGAACGUAUAUUAUAAUUUAUAUUAAUGCAAAGGUGGCCAUUGUUAUUGAUCUGAUAACGUUAUCGAAUGUAUAAGCGAGCAGAUUCCUUUAUACUUUUUUUCAUUAUAAUACAUUUUGGCUCUUCUUCCUUU